AUGUCUUUGGUUCUCCUUUUUCCGUUGUUUCUUAACUCAGCUUGUCAACAAGGGUGGAUUGGCAACGGGACGUCGUGUUAUAAAUUGUUUACGUCACCUAAAACUUGGGAAAACGCGAAGGAGGAAUGCGAAAAAUGGAAUGCCAGAUUGGUAAAGGUUGAAUCUAGUGAAGAAAAUGAUUUUAUAAAAACAGAAGUUUUGCCGACCGACGAGAAUGAAAAUUACUGGAUUGGACUUUCUGACUCUCACAAAGAAAAUGACUGGAUGUGGACGGACGGAACUCAAUUGGAUUUGGAUGAGUACGAAAACUGGGGACCUAACCAGCCGAACAAUCACGAAAAUUACGAGCAUUGUGUAGUGAUACGAAUAAAAGAAUCAGAUCCAGACCAUUACGGGAAGUGGCAUGAUCUACAAUGCUCAAUUGGAAGGAAACACAUUUGUGAAAACCCAAAGCAUGUAGUUUAUAAGGACUAA